UUGUCCAGGGGCUCCGUCCCCCCCUUGAUCGUGGAGGUCAGAGCAGGGGUGCAAAGCUUCUCAGUACCCCAAUGCCUAGACAACAAGGAGCCCUUGUGACACCUGAGAGACUGACAACUCUGUGUGGAAUGUGGGCAUGAGCUUCUGUGGGUUGCCCACGUAAAUUGGUUAUUCUCUCGGGUGCCACAAGGACUCCUCGUUGGUUUUGCUGAUACAGACUAAUACAACUGCCACUCUGACACCUGUCUAAUGCAUAGAGCAUUUUGUGCGAUUCGGCAAUCUUCCUUCCCUGUAGAAGUGUCUCCAAAUGGGAUAUCCGGACAAAGAUUUGGGACUACAUGGAAGCAAAUAACCUGGCUGAUUUCCCAAGACCAGUGCAUCACCGGAUCCCCAAUUUCAAGGGGUCUCACCAGGCUUGCCAUGCUGUCCGAGAGCUUGAUGUAUUCAACAGAACAAGGGAGGUUAAAGUGGACCCUGACAAACCACUAGAAGGAGUUCGACUAGUGGCCUUACAGGCAAGGAAAACUUUGUUGGUUCCAACACCGCGACUGAGAACUGGGCUGUUUAAUAAGAUUGUCCCACCACCAGAAGCAACUAAAGAGAUCCUGAGAAUAUGUGCAACCUCUCAAGGGGUAAAGGAUUACAGUGUGCCUAUAGGUCUGGACGCAAAAGUCCAAGUGGACCUGGUUGUUGUAGGAUCGGUCGCUGUUUCUGAAAAAGGUUGGAGAAUUGGGAAAGGGGAAGGUUUUGCAGAUAUGGAAUAUGCAAUCAUGGUGUCAAUGGGAGCCAUCACAGAGGACACCCCGAUAGUUACUAUCGUGCAUGACUGCCAGGUGGUUGACAUAGCAGAAGAGCUGCUUGAUGACCAUGAUUUAACUGUGGAUUACAUCCUCACUCCAACAAGAACCAUUAAAACAGGCUGUAAACGACCAAAACCACGAGGAAUAAUAUGGUAUAAGAUCAGCUACGAGGUGCUGGAAAGAAUCCCAAUCCUAAAGAAUCUUCGCUAUAGAGAGAAGCAGGCAGGCAAAGAUGUUACCCUGAAAGACGAACAUCCAGACUUUCCAAACGCCAGGAAACCAGCAGACUCCGAUGAAAAUGCCAAGACUGGAAAUACAAAACUGCAAACUGAGUCCACCUCAGCCCAAAUUGGACAUCGUCAUGUUGGAAAUGAUUCUUUAAGUACCAAAUCAGAGACACAUGGUGCACUCACCACUGUCUAUGUAGGUAAUAUACCUCCAGGCACAAGAGUUAGUGAGUUAAAAAGUGCUUUAAGAGAAUUCCAUGCAUCCCCGUUGCGGCUCAGUUGGCAAGGAGCACAGGGCAGGGCUUUUCUUGAUUACACGGAUAAAAUGACUGCUGAGAGUGUUGUAUCCUCUUUGAAAGGCUUAAACCUCAGGGGUCAGACUUUGCGAGUUGAGAUGGCCAAGAACCAGAGAAACAAAGGGCAAGUAGAAAUCAGUGGACAGAGACAUAAAUAUGAGUAGAAAAAUUUAGGUACAUCUUCAUUGUUCAGCAAGAAUCCAGCCUAGUUUUUCAAGGAUCUCAGCACAGUCUCUAACUUUGUGGACUAAACAGUAUCCAACAAUAGAAUUUAAAAGCCAGCUUUUCUAGCCAAUUAGGCAUGCAGUUGUAGAAACAGUCA